UGCGAAGCGUCGCGACGCCAGCCUCCGCCGCACACAGCAUCCGCAUCCCAGCGCUGGUCUCGCGAUCGCCGCGCUCCGACAAAACCGUUUUAGUCGGAAAACGGACGUCGUUCGCCUCGCGCACGAGGAUCAGCGUUGCGUGCGAAUAAAUCAUCGUUACAACUUCGCGAACAUCAUACGAUCAUUGCGGAUUGAAAACAAGCAAGCGCGUCUUCGAGCUGCAACUGCAUCUACAACAAAGAGCAAAAGCAAACCUAAAGAAAAUAUGAAUCGUGGUUAACUGCAUUUUGGCAAACUUUGUUGCAUAACUCAAGGAAGAAAAAAGUUGGUCUAAACUUUACUACUUUAGUGUUCAUAAUAUGAUAAUAUAAUAGUACUUAGGAUAAGUUUUAAGUAUAAGUUUUAAGUAUAAAUUGAGUGCGCGAAAACUUCAACGAGUCUAAACACAUAAGUGGUGCGCUUCGGGUAAACUUUAAAUAUAAACGAAUUAGCGUAAUUUUUCUCGGCGUUAUCUACCAAAGAAAAAUUCAUCGUUUUGCCAAAAAAGUGUGUGUUGAGCAAGCAAGAUUCAAGGAAUUGCUGUAACAGAUUUUCCCAGCGCGUGUGUUGUGUGUUGUGUCGUCGUACGUGCACCCGUACACGAAUACCAGUGACUAAAUGACAGAAUUUAAAUUUAGUCCGAGAUCGUACCUUCACACACAUUAUAUUUUUAGUCUAUCUAUACCAUUCCGAGUGCCGACAACAACCGCGGCGAGCAGACUCGCGACGACGCCGACGACGCCGACGACCGCGACAACGACGACGUCGACGCCGGCCACUUUUAACUCGAUGUGCCAGAAAUUUUAAUGGAGUCCGAUAUAGUGUGUAGUGUCUGUAUGUGAACACGCCGUCGUUGCCCUAAUGACAUCUCGACAAUGUGCCGCUUCGUUUUUAUCAUUGGUUGGUGUGAUGUGCCUUCUACAUUCGUGCGCGUGUCACCUCGUCGGCAAACCAGGUGACAGAAGUAUCAGAGAAUUGACAACGGAAUUUCCCGAGAUGCCACAGGGGGACAUGAACGCCCCACGUCAAACAAUCAGUCCGCAGGAUCCGUGCUACGCAUUCAACAACGUGGACCUUGAAAAGCAGGAAUUUUACAGUCCGGGCCAUCCGAACGGGCUGUACCCAAACCACACCGAAUGCGUCCUCGUCCUGGAAGCGCCGGAAGGACACUUAAUCAAGCUGGACUUUCGCGAUUGGUUUGAGCUGGAGCCGAGUCAAGACUGCAAGAACGAUUACCUGGAGGUGCGCGAUGGAGCGCACGGCUACAACAAUUUGAUGCUGCAGCCGUUCUGUGGCUUCGAAUUUCCGCCGAUGCUCACCUCCUCGGAUAGGCACCUGUGGAUCCAUUUCAGAUCCGACGAGAACAUCGAGCAUCGCGGCUUCAAAGCUGUUUACGAAUUUAUACCGAGGCCUACGUCCCUCUUGACGCCCGAAUUGCGACCGUGUGUCAUCCAAGUGAACGGCGACGAGGGCUUCCCCAAGAAGGCGGACAUCAGCAACGAAACGCUCGAGUUCAAUGCCAAAUAUGGACUUCCGAUCGACUGUAUAUGGGCAAUCAAAGUGAAAGAUGGCUGGAGGAUACAAUUGUCUUUCAAGACGUUCGUGCUGGCGAAGCCCAACGACUGCGAGAGCAAUUUCGUCGAUGUGUUCUCGGAUCGCACCGACAUACCGUCGCGCGACAAGAACUUCUGCGGUUCCAUCGCCGACACGGUGACGUCGAAGAAUGACGUUAUGUUUAUACGGUUCUUCGCCGAGCCGCGCGCGAGCAAAUCGACGUUCGAAGCCAUUUUCACUGCUUUUAGGGACGAAAAGUCAAAUUCCGAAUGCGCUGCCGACGAAUUCAAUUGCGAAGAUGCCACCUGCAUUUCGAUCGAUCUCAAGUGUAACGGCCGCUUCAAUUGUAGAUUUCGUUGGGACGAAGACGACUGUGAUAGCAACAAGAAGAUGCCAUUUAGCGAGAAUCACAUUAUCAUCAUCAUGGUGAUAUUCUCGCUCAUUUUAUCCGGAAUGUGCUUCACAUUUCUGUUCAAUUGUGUUAAAAAACUCAUCAGGGACCAUCGAACAAUACAGAAUUACAUAAGGGAGAGCCGCGAGCAGCAGCUGAACGACUUGGGCAAACAGGAGCAGUUCGAAAAGUCGUCAAAGGGGAAAGUCGGCAGGUCACGUUCGAACAGCACGCACUCGUCGGAAUCCCACAGAUUCAGCACGAACGCGCUGACGAACGCGACGCCCUGCUACGUACCUGGCGGUGAGCUGCUGCCGAUCCUGAUCAGAAGCGAGCACUCGACGAACGGCGACGCGUACAGCAACCAUCAUUCGCUGCACCAUCACGGUUCGUCUUUCGACGACGAAGCUACGCAGCAGCCGGAGAUGUGCGACAGCGCCUGCCAGACGCGCGAGAGUCUCUUCACGGGAACAGCGUACGCGUCGGACCAGAGCACGCCUAACCAUAGCAUUAAUUCGACGCAUUCUAAACCUAGCCCGCCGGCGCCUUUCAGUACUUUCGGGUACAAAAAGGAACCGAAGUUCCGUGCCGAGGCUAAGAUCGAGAUGGAGAAGGUGGACGACGACAAGCGGCGACCGUACAGCGUGCAGACCACCAAGUCGGCGCCGGAUGUCAUCGUCACACACUGACAUUUGCCGAACGCCGAGUGGGAGCCGUACAAACGGCGGCAUCCUCGGCAGUUCCUCAGGACCCUUUCGAAAAGCCUGGACGACCGAGAGACGUCCAUCGUCGACAUCGAUCGCGCCAUCGAAACGCAAACGUAUGAGGCGGAUUUUUACACGUGAUAUACAAAAAUGCGCUCGUCUGCCACCAUCCCCCAAAUCCUGGUGUGUCGCAACCGCCGCCGCUGUCGCCAAUCCGGAAAGUUUACGAACUCGUAUGGGGAUUUGUUGCGUGUCGCGACAAAGCCCGCGAUCAUCCAACAUGUUGGCGCAUUCAACCCAGCGAUAUCGUAUCGAAUGGUGUUUCAAUCUUUAUUGCCGAGGGUGAUUUGUUUGUUAUAUUUUAAAAUCGCGUUCAAACUGUUGCAAUAUCAGCGAAAUUCACAAUUUCAACUUUAUAUUUUAAUCUAGGAAUAAUAAAUAAAUCACUCUUUUUUGAUACAACAUUAUUGCAACCACACCUGAUUGCAUCAUUUCUCAAAACUGUAAUGUCGAAAACGCCGACAAUACAACCUGCAUUUUAUACGAAUAAAAUUAUAAAAAUCAAA